AUGUCGACCUUCAAUGGCUACGUUCAUGAAUUCCCAGACAUCAGAGUCGAUUACUUCCGUGAUAUAGACAGGCCGCCCCCACUCGCCUAUUUCUUGAGCCAUGUACACAGCGAUCACCUUGCUGGACUCGAGACUUUCAAGAGUCCCUUCAUAUACUGCUCACCGGCGACCAGAGCCAUCUUGCUCCGCCUGAAGAAGACCGCCUGCCGGCUCAAUUAUGCCAAGGGCAUUCUAGAGAAUCCUCGGAUGCAGACCUACCGACACCUUGACAAGGUGCUCAAGGCGAUUCCUCUGGAUACCCCGACAACACUCGAACUUGGGCCUGGGAGUACAGUUCAAGUCACGCUGUUGGAUGCGAAUCACUGCACAGGAGCUGUGAUGUUCUUAUUCGAGGGCGACGGUAAAGCUGCGCUAUAUACCGGGGAUAUCAGGAGCGAGCCCCGAAUGGUCACUGCAACCGCCCAGAAUCCGACCAUGAUCGAGUACUCAUCAGGUUGGAAGACCCUCGACCGCAUAUACCUGGACACGUCAAUUCUCGAUGACUACCCCCUCCCAACCAAGGCAGAAGGGCUCCGCGAGCUCAUCGAGAAAGUGUCAAAAUACCCUAAAGAAACCAUCUUCCAUUUCCAGGCGUACGAAGAAGUUUGGAUCGCCUUGUCCAAGUCACUGGGCUCCAAGAUCCACGUUGAUGAAUACAAGAUGAACGUAUAUCGAUCGCUCGUCACUAGAUCCAAUGACAAUCGUUGGGCUACCCAAACCCACCUAUCCAAGGAAGCUCCAUUCCUGGUCGGGUUCACUUGCGGUAACCAUCAACAUGACGGCUGCCUCACGCUCGAUGAGAAUGCCCGGCUUCAUAGCUGCGAAAAAGGCAUGGGUUGUUCGGUAAUGGAGAAUAAGCCAGUGGUCUGGAUUCAACCGAUCGUAGCACACCUUAAGAAUGGGCAAGACAUCGUUGAAGUCGGCAUUGGUGGGGGUGGUGACGACCUAAACCGCACGACCACAUUCACACCAGAGGACCUAGUAGCCCUACUUCAGAUGGCGACGACCAACAGAACCCUACCCCAGGAAGUGCAGAAUGAUCUCGAAGUCGUGAAGAGAGCGUUGGUCGGUGGUAGAGAUGUUGUGGCAGACAUCGACGAGUCAGACUCCACGGAUGAUCAAACCAUCACAGCCAUCAUCAAGUCGAUCGCUCAAAAGAUCAAAGUGAUGUGGAACCCGGUUAAAAAGGUCGAGGAGAGUGACGAUCCCGAGUCUUUGCCGAAGGUUAUCCGAUUUCCAUAUGCAAGACAUUCCUCGCUGCCGGAGCUGCGACACCUGGUGCGGACCUUCAAGCCAAGGGACAUCUGGCCCUGUACCGUGGACGAGUCUUGGAUCUCACGAGGCAUCACCAUGCGUGAUAGCUUUGCCGAUUGCUGCUCUGGCGACGUAUUCGAGCAUGACAAGCUGAUGGAGCCCACGUUCGAGCAAAGGAUUGUCACGCAACCACAGGUCGAGGAGGACCAGGACAGCCAAGAGACUGCGCAUUCUCCUCACGUUCCUUCGAGCGUCAUCAUCCCGUCCACUGAGGAUAUUGGGAUAGUUGACCGUACAAGCGUUGCAACCAUUUCCUCGCCAAAGGCAGUUGGACAGCAGUCUGUCCAGACAUCACAAUCCAUUAACUUUUCCCAGGGACAUGAAAGGUUGGAGACCGCUUCACGGCAACACAAACGUGACUUUGAGUCAUUCAAUGACAACGGAAGCAUAUCUGGCGGCUCGGACGACGAGCCGAGCCUCCAGGGCGACUCGCAGGCAUCAGCCAUUUCCGACCGGGCGUACGCAAUACGAUGGGAAGCAUUCCAGGCCAUGCGGUCUAACAUCGGUGGCGAUGACUGGGAAACAUUUGGCCUGAUCUCCACGACGGAUCAUCAUACUUCAGUAGACCAUGACUUGGGUGGACUAUGA